AUGAAGAUUUACAAGUCUCGCCAACCAGAUAUUGAAGUACCGACCCACCUCACAACAUGGGAUUGGUUGUUCGACUCCCCCUACUCCCCACUCUCGGCCUCCCGCAAAGGAACCCCCCUCGCCGGCUUCAUCGAUGCCACCACCUCCGAAACCCUCGACUGGGAGGCGGUGCGCUCGCUGACGACGUACCUGUCGACCGCGCUCGUCCGCAAGCUCGGCCUGCGCGAGGGCGAGACGGUUUCCUUGUUCAGCCCGAACUCGGUCUGGUACCCCGUCGCCAUGCACGGCGCGCUGAGGGCGGGCGCGCGCGUCUCGGGAGCCAGCCCCGCGUAUGGGGUCGAGGAGAUGGCGUAUGCGCUGAGGACGGCGAAGACGAGGGUGCUGAUUGCGGGGAGAGCGAGUCUGGGGGUUGCGGUGGAGGCGGCGAGGAAGGCGGGGUUGGACGAGGGGAGGGUGGUGUUGUUGGAGGGGAAAGGGGACGGGAAGGGGGAAGGCCGGUUCGAGACAGUGAAAGGUUUGAUUGAGUGGGGGGGGAAGCAAGGCGAGAGCAAUCAGGUCCCCGCGUUCAAGAUCCCAGCGGGGAAGAAGAACGGAGAGGUUUGUGGCUUCCUGAGCUUCAGUUCAGGGACGACCGGGUUGCCGAAGGCUGUCAUGAUCUCGCACCAAAACGUCAUUGCGCAGUGCCUCCAGAUCCAACAGAUCACGCCGGCCGACCACGACAAGGUGCUCGCCGUGUUGCCAGCCUUCCACAUCACCGGCCUCGUGCACGUCCUCCACCUACCCAUACUCAUCAACGCCGCCGUAAUCAUGCUGCCAUCCUUCACCAUGCGCUCGAUGCUGUCCGCGGUCCAAAAGUACCGCAUCCGCGAGCUGCUGCUCGUGCCGCCCAUCCUCAUCCGCCUCGUGCGCGACCCCGUCGUGAGCGAAUACGACCUCUCGUGCGUGCGCCGCUUCUCGUCGGGCGCCGCGCCCCUGUCGGCCGAGAUCCUGCAGCAGCUGCGCGAGCGCUUCCCGGGGACGGGCUUCAAGCAAGGGUACGGCAUGACCGAGUCCUGCAGCUGCAUCACGGCGCACCCGCCGGACCGCUACGGCUUCGCGCACGCGCACACGGUCGGCACCCUCGUCGCCAACACCGAGCUGCGCGUCGUCCGGCCCGGCGACGGCACCGACGUGCCCGACGCCGCCGUCGAGCCGGGCGAGCUCCUCGCCCGCGGCCCGCAGGUCGUCAUGGGCUACCUCGACAACGCCGCCGCCACGCGCCAGACGUUCGACGCCGACGGCUGGCUGCACACGGGCGACCAGGGCACCAUCGCCGCCGCGUCGUCCGGGCUCGUCACCAUCACCGACCGCAUCAAGGAGAUGAUCAAGGUCAAGGGCGUCGCCGUCGCCCCCGCCGAGCUCGAGGACCUGCUGCUCGGCCACGCGAAAGUCGACGACGCGGCCGUGCUCGGCGUGCCCGACGACUACGCCGGCGAGGUGCCCAAGGCCUACGUCGUGCUCAAGCCCGGCGUCGUCGGCGAUGACGACAAAAAAGGGGGGCAUCGCAACGACGAGUCGGAGUCGGCCGUCCGCGCGCGCCGGGCCGUGGGCAGAGAGCUGCUGGCGUACGUGCGCGACAACAAGGUGCGCGACAAGCGAGUGAGGGAGAUUGAGUUCGUCGACGAGAUCCCCAAGAGCGCGAGCGGCAAGAUCUUGAGGAGGGUGCUGCGGGACAAGGACGCGACUAGGGAGGGGACGGUGCGAACGAGGGGCCUCGUCGUGCGGUACGAUGCGGUGCAGGCCGAGAGAGCGGCGAAGCUGUAG